GCAUACACGGGUUAUGUGGUUUGACGGAAACUUUGUAGGCUUUGUUUAAAACUUGGAAACAACGGGACAGAUUGCAGCUGAGUGAAAACGUCGAGGCUGCAAAAUCAUUAUACAGAAAUUAUUAAAAACUGACAGUUUUCGGGUUCGCUGGGCGGGCUCCCUCCCACUCUCAGCACUUCUCCUUUUAACAGACGCGCGCUGCGCUUUUACGCACCACACUGUGGAGCAGAGCGCAGUGCCAUGAAGACCGUCGAUGUGUGAGCGUUUCUCUUUCACAUCAAGAUGAUCCUGCUGUCUGCUCUGCUUUUGAUCCUCAGGGGAGAAGCGGCCCGGUGCCUGGAGGAGAAUGGAGACUUCACUUUUGAUGGAGACAUCCGCCACUUCGCCGUGGCCUUCAACACGCUUUACAUCGCUACAGAGGAGAAGAUGUACCAGCUGAGCCACGACCUGACUCUGGUCCAGACUGUGACCCAGAGAGGAAUCUUGAGGGAUGGGCAUACUUUUAAUCCACAGUUUAAUCGGGUUUCUGAGACAGACGAGGGAAACGCAACUUUCAGCGUCAACAUUUUGUUGCCGUUUGUUAAGGAGGACAAACUGAUCAGCUGCGGUGUGAUCGAGUGCGGUUACUGCGAGGUGCUGGACCUGAACAACAUUUCAAAUGUACUGUACAAGGAGCACACCUCCGUGGGAUCCCCAUGGCGCAGCAGCGCGUCCGUCGGUUUCUUGGUGGAUGUUGAGGAGGAAAGUACUCAGACUUAUAUUCUGAGUGCCAUAGAGCUAAUCAAAGGCAAAUCUACAAAAACCACCUGCCCCGCGGUUACAGAAGCCGUGUUCCUUCAUAAUACGAAUGACAGGCAGAAAGGACUAAUAUUUUCCAAUAUUGGUGACUCCAUUACCUCUUCUAUCACUCCCGAAGACAGUGUGGAGUUCGUGGAUGGAUUUCAGGCCGAUUUAAUCAUUUAUCUUUUCUCCAACAUGCCCCCAAAGGACAAAAGCAACAGAGUCCGUCUCAUAUGGCUCGAGAGCAAAGGGGGCAAGAGGGACACUCUCAGGUCUCUGCGGGGCGCGACUCUCAGUGUCUCUGAUGGUGGUAAGGGCAGCAGACUGCUCGCCUCCUCCGUGAUCCCGGGUGGGCCGCCGGUGCUGUGGAGCGGCGUGUUCAGUGUGGACGGAGGAGAAACCAACACCAAGCUGGUGCUGUUUGACAUCAGCCCGGAUCUCACCGGAGGCGCCGAUGACGAUCCAGACUUCUGCAGUGUUUGCCGUCAAAGCAGAACGCCGGUGUCGCCAAAGAUUCUGAAGCAGAAGGCAGUUCUCUUCAGGCAGAACAGCAUGACCUCUGUGCUGGCGGUGAGACAGAGGGCCUGGAUGGUUUUCUUCAUCGGGACAGGAGACGGGCAGCUCAUUAAGCUUGCUGUGGACAAGAACUAUUACACCACCUGUCCGACAGUGCUCUACAGGGCCAAUGAUGAUCGCAAAGUGCUUCCCAAAAUACAUCUGGAUCAAGUGGGGCUUAAACAUGUGUACUUGCCAUUUCAAAAACAGAUAAAGCGUGUGCCUGUGUCACAGUGCAGCACAUACACAAAGGUGGAGGACUGUUGGUCUGCACAGGAUCCGUACUGCGUCUGGUGCGGCUCUAAAAGAAGUUGCACAUUCCAAGAUGAAUGCCGAGAUACAGACUGGUUAUCUAUUCCUGAUGAUUUUCAACCCAAAAUGGUUUCUUACAAAGUUGUAAAGGACACUGACCAGAUCACACUGAACAUCCACACACACCUGACUGUGGGCGAGAAGGCAGGGUCUAACUUUAACUGUGAAUGCUUAUCAAGUCCCAGUGGGUUUUUUCUCCAGACAAAACCUCCACCAAAUUUCCCACAAUGCACCUGCAUUCUUUCAAACAGAGCACUUCCUGCUGAAGGGCUGCGCGUCACAGUUAGGAUGAGAUUUGGGACGACGGAAUUGUCAAAUGAAUUUAAGCUCUUCAACUGCUCUGACAUCAGGGGACCACCAACUUCUGCCCUGUGUCGGCAGUGUGUCGAGGCUGGAUGUGGCUGGAGUGUAAAUGGCUGUUCCUGGGCAAAUCAAAAAGUUAGUGUUUGCGAAAAGAUGGACUCGGGGAUGAGCUUUUCCAGACCAGAGAUCUCCUCCAUUACUCCAGAUGUGGUGUCUUUCCAUGGCAGAAACCAUGCAGUGUUGACGGGUUAUAACCUCAGUGAUGUGACCAGAGUGAGGAUCCAGGUGUACAAGGACUGCACUCCACAAGAAUCUCCUGUGUGGAACAACACUGAUGUGAAUCUGACGUUCCACAUUCCCAGAUCGGAUUAUAAAGGUGUGGUCAAAGUAUGUGUUCUCCUCCCAGAUGGCAGUUGCCAUGGCAAUGCCAAAAUCACUUACCGCUCAUCCCCAUCCUGCACCGGAAUUACACCUAACAGCAGCUGGAUCAGUGGAGAGAGGAAGAUCAAACUGAUGGGAUCCCACCUGGAGUUUGUUGAAGGUGUCCUGCACAGCCACGCCCCACAGGAAGUCAGACCUCCCUGCAACAGCAGUAAUCAGAGUCUCUCCUAUGACACACCUGCAGCUAAAAAUGGGAUUUCUACCAGCGCUGUUUAUAUCAAAGUAGCAAAUACAACCGUGGCCUGCCCCACAAUGAUCUACCAUCCUAACCCCAAGUUUACCACCUUCACAUCCAGAAGGAAAGGAAACAUUGUGCGCAUUGAUAUACAGAAAACAACAGAUGAACUGGCGAUGACCCACACAGAGUUAUCAGUUCAGGCUGUUCAUGAUGGAAAACCAUACGACUGCAUCAUGACAGGCAAAGAACACAGCAACAACACCGACUUUUACAUCUGUGAGAUUCAAAACUCGCCCAACGUUAAAUUUCAGGAGAUAAUGAUAAAGUACGGGAACGAGACAGUGACACUGAACGUGAGCUCUGUAUCACCUCUAUACGCUCUGUUUGUCCUCAUGCUGAUACCCGUCAUUAUUGUUGUGGUGUUUAUCGUCUACCAAAGACAACAAAGGAAGCUCACUGAUCGGAUGAACAAGCGCAUGGAAGACCUUGAGCUCGACAUCCGGAAUGACAUUAGACAAGGUUUUGUGGAUCUGCAGACAGAGAAAACUGACCUGAUGGAAAAUGUGGGAGCAAUUCCUUUCCUGGACUACAAGCACUUUGCUUCCAGGAUCUUUUUUCCUGAGAAUGAAUCUUUGAUGACAUCGUGUAUCAAAGACAUUGGUCAGGAUGUGGUGAAGGUUCAUCUGGACGAAUGUUGCCAGGGCUUGUCCAGGCUGAUCCAGGACCAGCUCUUCCUCACAUCCAUGGUGCACGCUCUGGAGGAGCAGAAGAGCUUCAAUAUCAACGACAAGUGUACAUUGGCGUCAUUACUGACCGUAGCGCUCCACAAUAACUUGUUGUAUCUGACGGAGGUAAUGGAGGCUCUGAUGAAGACUCUGAUGCAGCAGAGCAGCAACACUCAGCCUAAGCUGUUGCUAAGACGCACCGAGUCCACCGUGGAGAAAAUGCUGACCAAUUGGAUGUCCAUCUGCCUUUAUGGGUUCCUCAGGGAAAGUGUUGGUCAGCACCUGUUCCUUAUGGUGAGCGCUCUCACACAGCAGACAGCAAAAGGACCUGUGGAUUGUGUGACAGAGAAAGCUCUGUACACACUCAGCGAGGACUGGCUGCUGUGGCAGGCUCAGGACUUCAGCUCCCUGAAGCUUAAGGUGCUGUUUGCAGUGGGCAGUGACGGCGAGGUCAGCGAGCCUCUGGAGGUCAACGCUCUCAGCUGUGACUCAGUAGAGCAAGUCAAAGAGAAAAUCCUGUCCACAUUCAAGGCCAAGUUUGGUUUCGCUUACAACAGCCCCCUCAAGGAUGUUUAUAUCGAGUAUGAGAGGGAUGGAUCAUUUGUUCCUCUUCAGGACGUGGAUGCAAGCUCUGAGGUUAUCGGGGAGGUGACAAUGCUCAACACACUCAAACAUUACAAGGUGCCUGAUGGAGCGACGAUCAAAGUGCUUUCUAGAAAAACCCAUCCUCCUCUGAGCCCACAAGGAAGUGUGAAGGAUGAGGAGAACUUCUCUAGAAAAUACUUCCACUUGAUCGAUCCUGAUAUAGACGAGGACCAAAGGAAAAACCCAGAAAGGAAGAAGUUAAAACUGAAGGAAGUGCACCUCACCAAGCUACUCUCCACCAAGGUGGCGGUGCAUUCAUAUGUGGAGAACCUGUUCAGAUCUAUCUGGGGGAUGCCGCAGAGCAGAGCCCCGCUUGCUGUCAAAUACUUCUUUGACUUCCUUGAUGAUCAGGCAGACAACAUGAAGAUCACUGACCCUGAUGUCCUGCACAUCUGGAAGACCAACAGUUUGCCUCUACGUUUCUGGGUCAACAUCCUGAAAAAUCCCCAGUUUGUUUUCGACAUGGAGAAGACUCCACAACAAGAAAGCUGUCUGUCUGUCAUUGCUCAGGCCUUCAUGGACUCCUUCUCCCUCAGUGAGACCCAGCUUGGAAAGCAUGCACCAACCAACAAGCUCCUCUACGCCAAAGACAUUCCCAAGUUCAAACAGGAAGUAAAGGCUUACUACAAACAAGUCAAAGACCAGCCACCAAUUACAGACUCAGAAUUCAUGAAAUUUCUGCAGGAGGAGUCAAAGAAACAUGAAAACGAGUUCAAUGAAGCUGCAGCCCUCAGAGAGCUCUAUAAAUUCAUACAGCAAUACUUCACGGAGAUCAAGGAGAAGUUGGACCAAAACGGAGCCCCUACUGAGCUGACGGAACAACUACAUCAUGUUAAAAACUCUUUUGAUGGACUAAAAAGCUGCUCCUGGAACUGAGUGCCAUCCUUUCACUUAAAUGAAAUAACAUGGAGAGAGGAAACCUCGGUAAAGCAGCAAGGAGACCUCCAGCUUGUAUCAUCCAGUGCUACGAAGAUGGAGAUGAGGUGUGGUGUUAAGGAACUUUAAGAACAAAAAAAAGGCUGCUCAGCAAUUCUGUAAUAUGAGUCAGUGGGGAGUUUAGUGUCUUACAACUUUUUGUUACAUCAGAGUGGAAAAUAAAUUGAGAAACGCUAAAUCCAGGGAAGUUUUUGGCAUUGAAAUAGUGAUCUCGAACAAAAGGCCAGUUUCGACAGGCGCGUUGGAGAGGAACGGAUCAACCAAAAAACUGCAAAAGGACUCCUGCACACUGUCUAACUUGCAAUAUCACUUUUAAUUGCAACGUUUCGGUACCAUCCUCAUCAGCAACUUUGAGAAUGUAAUACUUUUAUACUUUUUUGCAAUCUUAUAUUUUUGAAGAAUGUGGUUUAACCUCUUAGUACGAUUUGACUGGAAGCAUUCUUGGGGAUACAUUUACGAUUGUUAUAAUUACUCUAGUGUUAGAUUUUUCAACUCUGUCUUGUAUAUUGCAGAAUGUGAAAUGGUUAAUUGGCUGUUUUUUUCUGUGUUGUUUGCAUGUGAGGAAUGUGUUUGAUUGCUGACUUACAACCAUUCCCCUAUUUAAGACAGCUUUUCUUUUCAUUGCAAAUAAAAGUGAUGUUGUAAGUUAGACAGUGUGCGUGAGUCCAGUACUGGAAUCGCAGAUUUUUGAAGAUACUAAAGUGAGGCACAUAUCACCUGACGAUAGCUUACGGUGUACAAAAAGGGCUCUUUUAUUAAAUGUAACAUCUGCUGGUUAUGUGUCAACAGAACAUUUAGCUCAUUACUGCAGUUUUACAUGAAAUACAACUACUUCAUUACCUUAAACAGAUAUCACACAAUGCUGUGUGUGCGGGGGGGGGGGGGUCUUGGUCUUGAACCACAGAUUAAAUAAAAAAGCUUACCUGUAAAUCAUUUUUGUGUUUUGUAAUCAAAGUCUGUAAAAAUAUUGUGCAAUUCACAGCUUGUAGUGCUUUUUUGUCAACCUCUGUUUUUUUCCAGAGUGGCUUAAGAGCAAACGUGUAAACAACAAACAUCUUAAUACAAAAUCAAACCCUGA